CAGUCCUACCUGAGCGAGCGUUUUCCUCAGAGGAGAAAGACAGGAAGAGGAAAGGGAGGAGCCUAGGCCGGAGGCGGAAGCGGCGUCAGUCUGCCGGCGUCAGUUUGCAGGCGUUGCUCGGGCGGAGCGGAGCCGCCUCUCGCCUCGCUCUCUCCCCGCCUUCCGUGAGGCGAUGCCUGGGCGGCGGAGAGGCCUUUCCCCGCUCGCCUUCCUCCCCGCGGCGCCUUCUCUCCGGAGGCGAUGCCUGUGAGCCCGGGCCUGCCCUCGGCCCGCCUUUGGCCAUGAGGCUCCGCAUCUACAAGCGCAAGGUGCUGGCCCUGCUGCUCGGCCUGGGCGCCGCCGCCGCCUGUGCCUUGACGCUGUGGAGGAGGCCCGAGGAGGAGGGCAAGGCCUCUCCCUUCACGCCCCACUCGCCCGCCUUCCCAGCGACCAGAGGCCUGCCUUUUCGUCUCCCUCAAAACGCCUCUGUCUUCCCGCCUUCGAGUCUCCCCGAAGAGCAAGGCCUCUCUGGGCCCAACGCCACUCUCCGCUUGCGCUCUUUAAUCUACCGCCUCAACUUCGACCAGCCGCUGCGCAAUGCUGACAAAUGGAGACCGCGUGAGGAACACGACGCGGAUAACGAGGCACCGUGGUUGGUGCUGGUGGUGCAAGUCCAUUCCCGCCCGGAGCACUUGUCUCUAUUGCUCGACUCGCUCCGUAAAGCAAAAGGCAUCGAAAACGUGUUGUUGGUGCUCAGCCACGAUGUUUGGAGCCCGGAGUUGAACGCGCUGGCCAACGCCGUGGACUUCUGUGCCGUCCUGCAGAUCUUCUUCCCCUUCAGUUUGCAGCUCUACCCGGACGAGUUCCCGGGACCGGACCCCCGCGACUGUCCCCGCGAUUUGGGGCGGGCGGCUGCUUUGCAACGCGGCUGCCUCAACGCCCGCUUCCCGGACGCCUUCGGGCACUACCGCGAGGCCGCCUUCGCCCAGGCCAAGCACCACUGGUGGUGGAAGCUGCACUUCGCCUGGGAGCGGCUGCGCGCCUUGCGGGACCUGCCCGGGCCCGGCCUGCUGCUCUUCCUCGAAGAGGACCACUUUCUGGCCCCCGACGCGCUGCACGUCCUGCGCCGGCUCUGGGACCUGCGCCAGCGCGAGUGCCCCGAGUGCCAGGUCCUCUCCUUGGGAUCCUACGCCACCGUCCGUGCGGAUGAUGCCGACCUCCCCGCCAAGGCCCGGGCGGCUGAGCUCAAGACCUGGAAGUCCACUGAGCACAACAUGGGCCUGGCCUUCCCCAGAGAGACCUACCGGCAGCUGGCCGCCUGCGCCGAGGCCUUCUGCACCUACGACGAUUACAAUUGGGACUGGACCUUGCAGCACCUGACCGUGGGGUGCCUGCCCCGCUUCUGGAAGGUGCUGCUGCCCCAAAUGCCACGCGUCUUCCACACCGGAGGGGACUGCGGCAUGCACCACAACAAGAAGAAGGACGACAAGGCCUCUCCCGCUUGCCACCCAGCUGCACAGAUCCACAAAGUGGAGGUCCUCCUGGCCGCACACCGGAGAUCCCUCUUCCCAGAGGCCAUGGCCCUCAGCAAGCGCUUCCCGCUGGCCCCGCUCAGCCCCCACGUCAAGAACGGCGGCUGGGGGGACAUCCGCGACCACGAACUCUGCAAGAGCUACCGGCGGUUGCAGUGAGGAAAGGGAUCGAGAGGGCCACUGCUGUCAUCGCCAAAGCCAGGCCUGUGAUAAUGAUACGACCAAGACCAGGCAGCCUCGUCUUGUGAUUGUUAUUAUGGCGGAACCGGUCAUUAAACAAGAGAGAGAAAAAGGGGAAA